UCCACAUCCUGUUCUGCUGCUCUUCUGCUCUAUCUGCUAUCUGCUAUAUAUUCUGCUGCAUUCUAUCCUGCAUUUUCACUUUGGACGUCUUCAGCCUCCCAGUCCAAGCCAGUGUUCAACUGGAUUUGGCAUCUUUGUCGCAGCUUGAAGACCUGGCCUUUAUCCCAUUCUUCGCACGAUAGUUAUAUACCAACAUGGCUACUCCUACCGUAUCUACUCCCGUGAAGACUCAUCAUGGGAUCUUUUCCACGAAGACUGCCGGUGGUCGCAUGCCUCUGACGCCGUCCCCCCGCAGACGCGACAGUGUGGCAUCGAACCACUCCUCCCCCUUCACUCCUCAAUGCGGAAAUGGGGAGACAGGCAAAGAAUUCGGCAAGUCUGUCUAUGGCGGUAAUCUUUCCUCCUACUUUGCCAAGUCUGUGUCGAAGCCGGCGCGCAAGUACCGCGAAUCUCCCAAAUCCAACCUUUCUACCGCCCGCAGCUACCGGGAGUCUCCUAAAUCCAACAUUGCCCGCAAUCGUUCUCGCAAGUCCCCGAAGCACCUUGAGCUAGGAGUUUCCGAGUGGUCUUUGACGGGUACUGGUCCUCCAUCGUCACAGACCCCCUCCAAGGAGCGACUACGCAAGGAAGUUGCUCGGAAGGAAGUUACCAGGGAGAAGGUUGCUCGGAAAGAGGAGAUCCGGACGACACGAACGACGAGGUCGGGAAAGACCACUGUGCGUAUUGCACACAACGCUGGUGACAGAUUCAUUCCCAACCGCACAGCUAGUGAAGGACUUGUGACUGCUGGAACAGCCAAGCCCGAGGAGAGUCAGCGUCCCAAGAGCACAAGCAGCGAGGGAUCAUCCGUUCUGGCGAAUGCUGCGAGCGCUUUUGAUAUUGGGGGCCGUGGAAGCGAGGAAGACCUUACCGCUGCGCUCGAGAGCCUUGGAAUCGAUGAUAGCGAGUCUACGACGUCCUACACUAAGCCCGCACCUGAUGCUGUUGCCUACGAAUCAUCGCUGGCGGACGCUUGCGGAGUGAAUUUAAACACUCGCAUUCUGGCUUUCAAGCCACCUCCUCCUGAAUCCUCUAAGCCUAUUGACCUGCGCGCUCAAUACAACCGUCCUCUCAAGUCUGCCAAGUCUCAGUCCGCUCAAUUCCGCAGAAGGGUACAGACUGCCCCUGAGCGUGUCCUAGACGCUCCUGGUCUGCUGGAUGAUUACUACCUCAAUCUUCUGGACUGGAGCUCCGGUAAUCAGGUUGCUAUCGGCCUGGAGCGUAACGUUUACGUCUGGUCUGCCGACUCUGGAACUGUCAGCUGCUUGCUGGAGGCUCCCUCUGAUACCUAUGUGAGCAGUGUCAAGUGGAGCGGAGAUGGUGCGUAUGUCGGUGUCGGCCUGGGUACUGGUGAGGUCCAGAUCUGGGAUGUCGAGGAAGGAACCAAGCUUCGCAGCAUGUUCGGCCACGACUCGCGUGUUGGCGUCAUGGGAUGGUCCAAGCACACCCUAUCCACCGGCGCACGCAGCGGGCUGGUCUUCAACCACGAUGUCCGCAUCGCCCAGCACAAGGUUGCCGAGCUGGUCUCGCACACCUCGGAGGUCUGUGGAUUGGAGUGGAGACCCGACGGUGCCCAGCUCGCGACGGGAGGUAACGACAACCUGGUCAACAUCUGGGACGCUCGUUCCCUCAGCGCGCCCAAGUUCACCAAGACCAACCACCGCGCCGCCGUCAAGGCUCUCAGUUGGUGCCCCUGGCAAUUGAACCUGCUUGCCACUGGCGGUGGCUCCUACGACCGCCACAUCCACUUCUGGAACACCACCACCGGUGCGCGUACCAACAGCAUUGACACCGGCUCUCAAGUCACGAGCUUGCGGUGGAGCAACCACUACCGCGAGAUUGUCAGCUCUAGCGGUUUCCCCGAUAACUCCCUCAGCAUCUGGAGCUACCCGACUUUGGUCCGGAACGUGGAGAUUCCUGCGCACGAGACCCGUGUCCUGCACAGUUGCUUGAGCCCCGACGGUCAGCUUCUGGCCACCGCUGCCGCUGACGAGAGUUUGAAGUUCUGGAAGAUCUUCGAGCGCAAACCUGGAACCAGCGCCGCGGCGUCCCGCGAAGGUGGUGUUGGCAGCAAGGCGCAGAUGACCAAGUCCAUGACUAUCCGGUAGAUCCGUUUGGACCUUUCCUCCUUUUUUAUAUGUUGCGUUUUUCAUUUUCUAUCGUAGACCGGCGUUUGUCUCGAUACCACGUGCUUCUUGGGAAUUUGUUUGUACAGCGGAGAGUCAGCGGAGUCUUGGAGUUCUACGGAAGGAUGGGAUAUGGUAGGGCGCUGUGAUCUAGAUUGACAGUCAGGUCUGUUGUGUUCGUGGUUCUUGUAUAGAUUGGAAAC